UUUGCUCGUCUUGGUAGCUACGUAAUGCUAGCUACGUAAUGCUAGCUCAUUCUGUUGCCUCUCCUGCAUCUUCCUGCCCGACCAAAGACAGCCAAACACAAGUAGUAGCUGCAUUUACCCGGUUCAUAAUAAGUCGUUAGUCGUGUUUCUGAUAAUUUAAAGUAAUGUAGAAUGGCGUCGUGUUUUGGGAAGAUCGUCGUUGGUACUUAUGUGGAGAUAAAGCGCAGUGAUGGACGCAUACACCAGGCGAUGGUGACCUCACUGAAUGAGGACAAUGAGAGCGUCACCGUGGAGUGGAUAGAAAAUGGAGACACUAAAGGGAAAGAGAUUGACUUGGAGAGUAUAUUUGCACUUAACCCAGAUGUGGCUCCAGAUGAAGAAAUUGCCCAAAGUCCAGAGACUCCACCCCCACCUACACCCACAUCUGUCAAGGUCAACAAAAUUGCAAAGAACCGUCGGACGAUAGCACCUAUAAAGAAUGACACUCCGUCCCGGGAUAAUAGAGUGAUUCCGACCCGGGCCAGACCAACUCCGCCUCCACAACCAGAGCCGGUACCUCCACCCCCCCCUCUGCAGCCCACGCAGCUCACUCAGGCCCAGACUGCACAGCAACUGCAGAACGCAAGGAGGAAGUCGAACUGCGUGAAGGAGGUGGAGAAGCUGCAGGAGAAGAGAGAGAGGCGCCGGCUCCAGCAGCAGGAGCUCAGAGAGAAGAGAGCUCAGGAGGUGGAUACCACAAUCCCUAACUACGAGAUCAUGUACAUGAUCAGAGAUUUCCGAGCCAGCCUGGACUACCGGCCCCUGACCACAGCAGAUCUGAUCGAAGAGCACAGAAUAUGCGUCUGUGUGAGGAAACGUCCACUCAACAAGAAAGAGUUGGCCAUGAAGGAUUUGGAUGUGAUCACCAUCCCCAGUAAGGACGUGGUGAUGGUUCAUGAACCGAAACAGAAAGUGGACCUGACCCGCUACCUGGAGAACCAGACCUUCCGCUUUGACUACGCCUUUGACGACAGCACCACCAAUGAGAUGGUUUACAGGUUCACAGCACGGCCUCUAGUGGAGACCAUUUUUGAGAGGGGCAUGGCCACGUGCUUUGCCUAUGGGCAGACAGGCAGUGGAAAAACACAUACUAUGGGUGGAGAUUUCUCUGGGAAGAACCAGGACUGUUCUAAAGGAAUUUAUGCAUUAGCUGCUCGGGAUGUAUUUCUCAUGUUGAAGAAACCCAACUACAAGAAGUUAGAUCUACAGGUGUACGCGACCUUCUUUGAAAUCUACAGCGGAAAGGUGUUUGACCUGCUGAAUCGUAAAACUAAGCUGCGGGUGCUGGAGGAUGGGAAACAGCAGGUGCAGGUUGUGGGACUUCAGGAGAAGGAUGUCAAGUGCACAGAGGAGGUCCUGAAACUCAUAGAAGUGGGCAACAGCUGCAGAACAUCAGGGCAGACAUCAGCCAACGCCCACUCCUCUCGCAGCCACGCCGUAUUCCAGAUCAUUCUUCGCCGGAAGGGGAAGAUGCACGGCAAGUUCUCCCUCAUCGACCUCGCUGGUAACGAGAGGGGGGCGGAUACAUCGAGUGCCGACCGGCAAACCCGUCUGGAGGGAGCUGAGAUCAACAAAAGCCUGCUGGCCCUCAAGGAGUGUAUCAGGGCUCUAGGCCGCAACAAGCCUCACACCCCGUUCAGAGCCAGUAAGCUCACCCAGGUCCUGAGAGACUCGUUCAUCGGGGAAAACUCACGCACAUGCAUGAUUGCAACAAUCUCUCCUGGAAUGACAUCCUGCGAGAAUACCCUCAACACACUACGCUACGCCAACAGAGUGAAGGAGUUUGGGAUUAGUCCGUCGGACAUCCCCUUCUCUCAGGGCGGUCAGGGGAGUCGCUCUGAGCUCUCGCCUACCAAUACCUUUGAGUACGAUGACUUUGCUGCUACCUCUCCCAGCAGGGUGAAGGAGCUGACAGUGGACCCCAACCAAAUGAUAGACGUGGGCCGACCCAACAUCCACGCUAUGAACCAGCUGGAGCUUUUAGACGAGGACUGGCUGAGUAUCUCGCCGCAGAGAGACGACCUCAAACUGCUCUGUGAGCAGAAUGAGGAGGAGGUGUCUCCCCAGCUAUUUACCUUCCACGAGGCGGUGUCUCAGUUAGUGGAGAUGGAGGACCAGGUACUGGAGGACCAUCGAGCUGUUUUUCAGGAGUCUAUCCGGUGGUUGGAAGAUGAAAAGGUGCUGCUGGAGAUGACGGAGGAGGUGGAUUAUGACGUGGAGUCAUACGCCACUCAGCUGGAGCAGAUCCUAGACCAAAAGAUAGACAUCCUCACCGAGCUCCGGGAUAAAGUGAAGUCAUUCCGCUCUACACUCCAAGAGGAGGAGCAAGCCAGUAAGCAGAUCAAUCCCAAGAGGCCACGGGCUCUUUAGAGACUGAAGGCUGAAGAGUUUUACGUGGCACCUACGGAAACAUAACCACUAGAUGUUCUUGGCACAACUCGGCCUGUGUCUAGCAUCUGUGAAAUACCAAUAAGAGGACUGUCUGAUGUACCAACAGGCUCAAGGAAUUGCAUUGUGAUGAUCCUGCUCCUUACAGAACUGUUCACUCACUAUGGUCUGGUUAGAAAACCUAGGAAGGAAAAUAGUUUGAUUUCCUUUGUGGAGUUUAGUCUCCCCUCUCUGUUCUUUUUAAAUUAUUUUCUUUUAUACUUGUUUGUACUUUCUUUGAACAGAACAUUUUUGACCUGAUUUUCAGAAGAGAUCUUAAUUGAACUUGUUUUUAAGGUUUACCGCACAAAACCAGUGUUUGAUUUCUGGUUGUUCUGACUGACAUGUCUGCAUGUGCACUCUGUAAUAUGUAAACCACUGUCCCCGGUUUCAUGCUUCGGUCCUCAGUUGUCCUUGUACAGUCAUCUCAUUACAAGCAGUCUCUUCUCUUUUCCUUCCUCCUCAGAGCUUUUACCAGUUUGGAAAAGGUUUUAACCACACUGUGCUUCUUCCUUUGUGUUUCUUUCCUUGUGACCCUGGGAGUUUUAUACAUGUAGUAUGCUUCAGUUGUUGACAGUUCAAUCUAUGCGGCAAACAUGUUUUCCAACCCUAUUCAACACUUUGUUAUAAAACUGAAACUUAGAAAAAACAGCUAUUAAUAAAUGUUUAGUGAAGACCACUGAUCUACCAUCGGUUAUGUUUCUCAGUGUGCACCGGAUGUAAUGCUGGAUGAAGUAAUAAAGAUUAAUGUGCUUCAUUCGAA